AUGGCUAUCUGUGCCCCCGGUAGUCUUUACAGCGUAGAUAGGCACUACUUCAUCCAGCUUCUACUACGCCAGAUCGUGGAGCUCCAGGCUCACCCUGAUCUUCGCCCUCGGGUGCUUGAGGGGCUUAAGGAGCUUUCUCGUCUGCUACCUGGCCUUAUUGAGGCUGCACAUGUUGUCGGUGACACUGUGUUCUGUGAGGUCGGCUGUGAUCUUCGACUUCUCUUCCAGAGCUCGAUCGCCGCUCUCUCUAUGGACAACGGGGAUCCCUUUAGUGCACAGGUCGUUGCCGAGCAGCUUUUGCGUGCAUUUCCCUGGCAUCUUCCAGCUCCCCAUCUUACUGCUCCACCUUCGUGGGAGUGA